AUGAGGCACACAUUGGUGCUUUGCUUCACACUAACGGCUGCCGCUGUCAUCAGUAAUAAGACCAACGGCUCUCACAGGCUGAUCAUUGGCUUCCAGGCCCCUUGGAAUAUGUCCUUCCCCUUCAGCGCUCUGCGGCUGGGCUCGGCCAUACAGAUAGCCAUGGAGAAGGUGAACACUAAUCCCUCCUUCCUGGGGAACUACAGUCUGGAUUUUGUGUACAUGGAUACAGACUGUAAACCCAAAGUUUCCCUGGGAGGAUUCAUUCACCAGGUGUGGACAGAAAACGUGUCUGCGCUAUUUGGUCCAGCAUGUCCUGAAGAAGCCGAGGUCACAGGUCUCAUUGCAUCCACAUGGAACAUCCCCAUGUUUGGCUUUGUGGGACAAUCCUCCAAAAUGGACAACACUGACAUCUACGAUUCCUACAUCAAAGUUGUGCCACCUCUUAAAAGAAGCUCUGAAGUCCUGGUUAAGACCCUGGAGUUCUUUGGAUGGAAUCACAUAGCGAUGAUCGGAGGGGGAUUGGAAUCAAACACUUGGGACAAAGUUGACGCUUUGUGGAAAACUUUUGAGAAUCCGCUGAGAGACAAAUUCAAGCUGGCUGCUGCGGUCAAGUUUGAUACCAGCAAUCCUCAGCUAGUUUAUGAACAUGUUAAGUUCAUCUCAACAGUCGCCAGAGUGAUUGUGAUUCUAACAAACCGCAAGGACUCCUUGGCUCUGUUGCGGGAGGCGGAUCGUCAGGGUCUGAUGAAUGGUGACUACAUGUUCUUCCUGGUGCAACAUUUUGAGGAAAACUUGUGGACCUAUGCCCUGAACAGCAGAUUUAACCAAGGUGCCGUAAGUGCUUUUGACAUGACCUUCGUUAUCGGCCAGAAAUCCUAUGACGGCUACGAGUACUAUGACUUCUUUGAGCAAGUUUUUGAAAGACUAAAGAGACAUCCGUUUCACAGCAACCUGUCAUCUGAAAAAGAGGUUAGCCCGUACUCUGCCUACCUGCACGAUGCAGUGCUUCUUUAUGCAAUGGGACUGAAGGAAGUUCUCAAAGAUGGCAAAAAUCCUCGUGAUGGACGGCAGCUGCUGCAGAGAUUAAAAAAUAAAAGCAAAAUUCGAUUUAAUGGUGCUUCUGGACUAGUCCACUUCGACAACGAGGGGGAGAGAAAUGUGGACUAUUCGGUUUAUGACCUGCAGAACGUGGGAGGCAUCAAUAAGUUUGUACCCAUCCUCCAUUUUGACAGUCAGACCAAAGCUGUCCGGCCAACGUCUUUGUUUGCUUCUUUGGUCUGGCCGAGAGGAAGACCUCCCUCUGACCAACCAGAGUGUGGUUUCAACAAUGAACUCUGUGAAUGGCUCAGUAAUGACAUCACCCUGCUGGCUCUGCUCGUGACCUUCCCCAUCAUCGGUCUGCUGGCAGUUAUGUGCAUCGGAGUCCUCACUCUGCAGAAGUUACGUCUCAAGCUGAAGCUCGGUGACUCCUACUGGUGGCUGAUCGACUACAGCAACAUCACCGUCAUCAGGAAUAAAUCAGGAUCCCAGGGCUUUUCUCUGAGCACCACCAGACACAGUGGGAGCGGCGGCUCUCAGUCUAAUUUCUCCAACAACAGCUAUGGCCUCAGGGACAAGACAGGGAGAGAACAUGUCUACACCACCAUAGGUCUCUACCAGGGAAAUCAAGUGGCCAUCAAGUACAUCAAGAACCAUGCUCACUGUAGUGUCCAGAAACCUUCCCUUAUUGCAGAGUUCAAUUUGAUAAAAGAAAUGAAACAUGAGAACUUGGUUCAGUUCUUUGGUGUUUGCAUCGAGCCACCAAAUGUCUGUUUGGUCACCCAGUACUGCAGGAAAGGCAGUCUGAAGGAUGUUCUGAGGUCGACAGAUGUUGAUCUGGAGGGGAUGUUCAAGCUUUCGUUUGCUUAUGACAUUGUUAAUGGAAUGGAGUUCAUUCACAAAAGUAACUUGAGAUUUCACGGGAACCUGAAGCCCAGCACCUGUCUGGUGGACAGUCGGCUCCAGAUAAAACUCUCUGGCUUCGGCCUGUGGGAGUUUAAAUAUGGCGAAAAAAACAAGAUCAUCCCACUGGAAAACCCAGAAGCACUGUACUGGACAGCCCCCGAGCUCCUGAGACAAGUCAGUCUCCAGGUCAAUGGGAUGCCCAAAGCUGACAUCUUCAGCUUUGCCAUCAUCAUGUGGGAACUCAUGUACAAUGCUAAGUGUGGCCCGUAUCAUGAAGUCAACCUAGAGCCCAAAGAGAUUAUCUUGCAGUUGCAGAAGCCUUUCCAAGGUCAAUACCUCCGACCAGAGCUGUCUGAGGAGCUGUGUGAUGAGAACAUUAAUAUACUGCUGAAAGCCUGCUGGAAUGAAAACCCAGACCACCGACCGCCAUUUGCGGCGAUACGAAGACAGCUGAGGAACAACAGCCCAAAUAGUCAUGCAAAUAUCUUGGAUAAUAUGGUGGAAAAGUUGGAGAAAUAUGCAAAUCACUUGGAGGAGGUGGUGGAGGAGAGGACCAAUCAGCUCACAGUAGAGAAGACCCGUGCGGACAUGCUACUUUCCAGCAUGUUACCAAGGUACAUCGCUGAAAAGCUGAUGGCGGGGAAGUCAGUGGAGCCUCAGAGCUACGACAUGGUGACCAUCUUCUUCUCCGACAUAGUGGGCUUCACGUCCAUGUGCUCCGUCAGCUCUGCGAUGGAGGUGGUGACCUUCCUCAACGACCUCUACAGCCUCUUUGACGACAUCAUCAAGAUAUACGAUGUCUAUAAAGUGGAAACAAUUGGGGAUGCAUAUAUGGUAGCAAGUGGUCUACCCAUCACCAAUGGCUACCAGCAUGCUUUGGAGAUCUCUACAAUGGCGCUGCAUUUCCUGAGUGCCAUCAAGGUCUUCAAAAUCCACCACAUGCCAACACAGAGUCUUGCAAUCCGCAUUGGGAUACAUUCUGGUCCAGUGGUUGCUGGAGUGGUAGGCACCACUAUGCCUCGCUACUGUCUCUUUGGUGACACGGUGAACAUGGCCUCUCGCAUGGAAAGUAACAGCUUACCUCUGAGGAUUCAUAUAUCUCAGUGCACUGCGGACAUUUUGGUCCAGGCUGGAUCGUUUGUGCUGGAGGAAAGAGGGGAAGUCGAAAUGAAGGGUAAAGGAUCUCAUAAGACCUACUGGCUGCUGAGCAAGGAGGGAUUUAGUCCUCCUGUUAUUGCGCAUAGCUCUCCACCAGCUGACAGUCUCAAACUACAGACAGAGGUACCGUUAACUUUUACUUUAAAGACAGCCAUCAGAGACAAGUCUAUUUUCAAGCACAGUUGCUCCCUGACCGAGUCCUCGCCAGCUCCACAUAUUUAG